GGGGACUCGGAAGAGGACGAGUCACCAUCUCUCCACCCUGGGGCGCCAUCCUUCCAGGGAGGGGAGUUGGAAUUCCAGCAUGGCUGAGGAGAAGAAACUGAAACUCAGCAAUACUGUGCUGCCCUCCGAGUCCAUGAAAGUGGUGGCUGAAUCCAUGGGCAUUGCUCAGAUUCAGGAAGAAACCUGCCAGCUGCUGACAGAUGAAGUCAGCUACCGCAUCAAGGAGAUUGCACAGGAUGCUUUGAAGUUCAUGCACAUGGGGAAGCGACAGAAGCUCACCACCAGUGACAUUGACUAUGCACUGAAGCUAAAGAAUGUAGAGGUAAUUGGGAGAGAUUGGAAGUAG